AAAUGUAUGAUUAAUUGUCAUAAUUAGUAAUGUGAUACAUUGAUAAUUAGUCGUAAUUAAUAUGAUAAGAUAAGAACGUAUAUAAUCCUAUGAUAUUAACUUUUGCGAAUAUGAUAGUCUUCAAGCAUACACUCAUAUGAAGUAGUGCGAAAUUUUAAGACUUGGAGUAAAAUGGUAGGAACUCUAGGAAGUAAAAAAAAAAAAAAAAACAACUACAAGGGUAGGGGUGGGGGGGACAGUUGCAAAGUACGGUUCCCUCCACAUCUAAAAUCCGAACCAAAUUCCCUCCUUCCCUCCCUCCCUCCCUCCCUCCCUCCCUAGUCCCUUGGUAUUCAGCAGCUAUUCUCACCAGCAAAAGCCCAAGUAAUUGAACCCCCAAUUUCAAUUCCAAUUUCAACGCCAACUCCAACGCCGCCUUGGAUGGCGACUCGCAAGGCAGUUCCUGAGAAGAGAGAGGUUGUUUUAUUGGCGCGGAUGAAGCCGCCUUUUGCUGAUUCACCUGGCGAUUACUACUCCUUUUCCGAUCGUCUUCUUCCUCCUCCCGAUGCCAUCGUCGUCAACACUCCUCCAAAGAAGCGUAAGAAUAAACUAGCUGAUCACAACACUGAGUCUACUUCCAGAACAACCACUCAAGGGCUUAGAGAAGUCCUUAGCAGCCCUUUUCAGACACCUGUCUCUGGUAAGUGCGGAAAUGGACAACAAGCUUCAAGGAAUACCCCAUGCGACAUAGACCAUCCUCAGACUCCCAUGCCAAUGAUUGGUUCACCAGGCGAAAACCUUACUCCAGGCGGUCCUUGUCGCUCUGGUCGCUCUCUUGUACUAUUAACAAAAAAGUUCAUUAAUUUGAUUGAACAAGCUGAAGAUGGGAUACUUGAUUUAAAGAAAACUGCUCAAACUUUAGAGGUCCAGAAUAGGCAAAAAAGGCGGAUUUAUGAUAUAACUAAUGUUCUUGAGGGCAUCGGUCUCAUAGAAAAACUGAAGAAUGGAAUACAAUGGAAGGGACCUAGUGUUUCAAGGCCAGGUGAGGUUAGCAAUGGUGUUGCUAGUCUACAGGCAGAUAUAGAAAAUCUCUCUAUGGAAGAGCGCAAAUUAGAUGAACGGAUAAGAGAAAUCCAAGAAAGACUGAGGGACAUUACUGAAGAUACAAAUAAUCAAAAAUGGCUGUUUGUAAGUGAAGAGGAUAUGAAGGCCUUACCUUGUUUUCAGGAUGAAACCUUGAUAGCAAUUAAAGCUCCACAUGGUACAACUUUGGAAGUCCCAGAACCAGAUGAGGGUGUUGAUCAUCCUCAAAGAAAAUACAGAAUAGUUCUAAGGAGUACUAUGGGUCCUAUUGAUGUUUAUCUUGUCAGUCAAUUUGAGGAGAAGGUCGAGGAGACCAAUGGUGCAGAGACACUACAAAGCCUACCAAGUACCUCAGGUUGUAAUGAUCUUUCAAAUGCCAUGGCAGAGAACGAAAACAGUGGCAAUCAGAUAGAAUUGCAUGGACAAGAUGCCCACAGGAUGAGCUCAGAUGGCAGUGUCCCUCAGGACUUAAGUGGAAUCAUGAAGAUCGUACCUGAAGUUUAUAAUGAUGCAGAUUACUGGUUGCUAUCAGAUGCUGACGUUAGCAUCAGUGACAUGUGGGGAGCAGAAUCUGGAGUUGAUUGGGAUGAAUUGGGGAUUGUUCCUGAAGAUUAUGCUGUGGAGGAUAACAGCACUCAGCAGCAGCCACAAAGCCUACUAUCAUUAUUAACCAGUGCAACGGGAGUGCCUCCUGCUAUUGCGGACUCAACCGGGAGAUAAGACUGGGUUUAGAGAUGCAAGCUCUCUUGGGUAUUCACUUAAAACUUUGAUCAUAUAUUGCUUAAUCCCAACCAAGCUACCUAUCAAUCUCUGAAGAGUCAUGGCAUGGGAUGUUGGGAUGAAUAUUAAGUAUUUUCCGAGAUUUUGGAUAGACCCUCCUUCAUUUGACAGUUGGUGAAGUGAGAUGAUUGAAGGAUUGUAAUUGUUCUUCAGCUGUGGCCAGUGUAGAUGAUUACUGUAACAACAAAUAAAGAACGGUCAGUGUCUUCAGCUGCUGUCAUUAUGUAGUUGUUGGAACUUUGAGUAAGCUGCAAAAUAUGCUCAACCAUUGACUAUUAGCAAUGGAGAUGUAGAUUAUAAUUACUGGAUGAUACUAAUUUAGGAUUAGAGAUGAAACUAGGAACUCUGUGUGAUCUGAAGAAGUAAACAAGUGCUUCAAUGAAGUUGACUUUAUAAAUUGCUUCAUCUUUUAGAUUA